AUGUCCGGCAUUCGACCACUGAGGAUGGUCAGCGUGGCCGCCAUCGGCGCCACUGCUGGGUACUCGGCCUGUCACUACUGGAACACGACCUUUUUUCAAUUCAGCACAGUUCAUGCCGAGUCACCGCCUUCAGACGCUCAAGCGGCGCUGAAGAAGAUGGUUUGGAAAGGCUUCACCGAGCUGAAGCUUGAAAAGGCCGAGAUGGUCAACCACAACGUCAGGAGAUUGACGUUCGCUCUACCGGAUGAUCAGUCGAUCACCGGUGUUUCCCCAAUCACAUCUCUCCUGACCAGACAUACUCCUGAGGGUGGCUUCAUCCCGGUCUUCCGACCAUAUACACCCGUCAGCGCGAAUGACCAGCCCGGUUAUGUCACGUUCAUGGUCAAGAAAUAUCCCAACGGCAAGGGCUCGGGCAAGAUGCACUCAUUGAAACCCGGUGAUUCGAUGUUGUUCAAGCCACUGCAUGAGUUCGAUUACAAGCCCAACGAAUACUCGGCCAUGACAUUCGUCGCCGGAGGCUCUGGCAUCACCCCGAUCUACCAGCUCACUCGAGCGAUCCUGGAUAAUCCCGAAGACAAGACUAAAAUCGCGCUGGUCUACGCCAACAACUCCGAAGAGGACAUCCUUCUGAAGAAUGAAUUCGAUGAUCUCGCCCAGAAGUUCCCCGAUCGAUUCAACAGGACGUAUGUCGUCAGCAAAACCACGCCCGAGAAUGAAGGCACCUACCAGAAGGGCUAUAUCACCAAGGCGAUAUUGAGCCAGGUGAUGCCUCACAAGUUGAACGAACGGAACGUAAAGGUCCUCGUCAGCGGUCCUCCUCCGAUGAUCGAGGCAGUUGCUGGAGCCAAGGGCGGCUUCGGCUGGACACAGGGUAGCCUCGGCGGAAUCCUUGGUGAACUGGGAUACAACAAGGAAGAGGUGCACAAGUUCUAG